CACGGUUAACGACGUGGUAGUGGUAUGGCGAAGCAGUGUCGGAGCGGCUCGUAAGGUUGACACGACCCGUAUUUGUUUGGCUGUGUUUGGCUGUGUUGUCUUACGGGGCAAGGCAUAAUUUUAUGGUGCUGUGGUGAGAUUUUUAAUUAUGCACAAAGGGUUGUAUAACUCACUCUUGUGAUGGAAUUGUGCACGAGUAUGGCAUCUUGGUGAAUUGCCUGUGUUAGUACUAUGAGAUAUUCGUUCAGUAUGUGCAGUAAUUAGGAGAGAGUGUGGUUUAUAUAGUAGAUAUUGAUUGCAUGGGAGUCGCAUUGCAUUGCAUUGCACGUGAGCGAGAGGAGUGGUGCCUGAAAUGCACCUCAUAUGAACAUCAACGCUACUAUCGACAUCUCUGGCUCAAAUUCGAUGCGCAUAUCUCACGCAAUUAUCUACUUUCGUUUGAGCACUGAGUAUUACCUUCCUGGCAGAUCUGCAUAUUGUGUGCUGUGGCGUUGAAGGCCUGUCCUGCAGUUCUAGAUAUCCCACGUUCUUGACGUGCUUAUUUAUGUGCAAGGUUACUCUCACUUUCCCACGGCCACAUACCUUAUAACAACACCAUGAGAACCCAACACCAACCUUCAAAUCUCAUCCUCGCAACUCGCUGAAGUCUAUAUCCAAAACCCACAACAGAACCUACAACAGAACCAAGCCAACUUCUCCUCACCAUAUCCCACCUCAAACACUCCAGCGACCAACUCCGCUAAUCAGCCUCCCACCUCACCCUCACCACCACCAAACGCCAAACAAGCCUCCAACUCCUUCAACCUCGCCGACACCUCCCUCAAAGCCUCCGCCCACCACAUAAAACACAACGCCGACGCCCUUACAGCCGCCGAGUCUCUCAACUAAGCCUCCAGCGAAGUGCGGGAAGCUACUCAGCGAUUUAUGAUCGCUAAUAGUCAGCUUGAACAAGCUUCUAUAGAAGUUAAACGAAUUGCUGAACAAGCUGCUGCGGAGUUGGAGAAGGGUACGGCGGGGUUUAGUCGGGAUGCUGGGAAGUUGGAGGGGGAAGUUGAGGAAUUUCUUGGCGGGGUGGAGUUUGUAGAUGUGGCAGGGCUGGGGGGGGAUGGGCAGAUUGUGGGGGAAGUCCUGAGGAAGAGGAUUAGGGAGCAUGAGGAGGAGAAGAGUAAGGGGCCGAUGUUGGAGUUGAUUGAGUUGUUUGAUGAGUAUUCUGGUUAUUUGGAUGAUGUUAUGGUGCUAAAGGGCGAAUAGGCAGGGCUUGUUUGAUGAAGAUGGAGUGGUGAAAUGAUGGCGGUCGGGGGGUUAACUGGGCAGGGCGCAUGGAAAAUUGUGGGUAAAUGGUUUGAAAGGGGCAGAUGUAUUUGAUCUAUGAGGUUCUAUAUGUAGGAAGUUUCACUUUUACUUAUGA